GGUAGAGCUACUGCUCGUCCUAGCCCGCCUGCCUGCCUGCCUGCCUGACUGCCUCCUUAGCACCGUCGUAUCUGCCUGGCAUUCCCAGUCUGCGUUGGCAUGUCUGCAGAGGAGGCGCAAGUCACUGGGGCCUCCUCUUUCGCCUCACGCCUGGACAGCAGCCCCUGGUUACGGAGCGCGGCCAUGAAGGACGAGAACAAAAGCAGAGGGGUGAAGGGGGAGAGAACGGAGAUGGACGGCACGGAGAAAUGGUACGCCACGUCCCUGGUGGCGGCGACGGCGUUGACGGGGUCAACCGAUGCCUCCGAGGAGUCCGAGCCGGAGAGCCCCCCGGCGAAUAUGCGCAGGAGGGUGUCUUUUGCCGACGCUUUCGGUCUGGACUUGGUGUCCGUCAAGGAGUUCAGCAGCAAAGAUCAGGAGGGGAAGGUGGAGGAUUACCUCUGUGGACUGGAGACGGACGACCACUACCUGUCUUGUCUGUUCACCCCACCCGCGCCCGACGUCCUUCAGGAGAAGGUGGAGGGAAAGAAAGUGGCAUUGGCAGCCAUCGAGCUGCUGCAGGGCACCACGAUCGUGAGGGGCACCGUGCGAGUGGCCAACCUCUGCUUCCAGAAGGCGGUGUACGUGCGCACCACCUUCGACUGCUGGGCGAACCACUUCGACCUCCUGGCGGAGUACAUUCCCGGCUCCAGCACUAAAGACACAGACGACUUCACUUUCAGGCUGACGCUGAUACCACCCUUCGAGCCGGAGGGCCUGCGUGUCGAGUUUUGCCUGCGGUACGAGACGCCCGCCGGAAAUUUCUGGGAGAACAACGAUGGUAUGAACUUUGUGCUGUACUGUCGGAAACGGGAUCACUGGGCCAUUGUGGAGAGGUGGAAACAGAGUGACAAAAGCAAAGUGGAGACCAAGCCAAAGGGUAAACGAAGCUGCCUCAAAGCUUCAGGUAGGAAGAUCCAGCCUGAAACUUAUGAAACGGAGGAAACGGAGGAAAUCCCAGAUUCAGUCUCACACAAAGCAGCACAAAGGGCUACCAGGAAAGCAGUGGACAACACAGACAGAUAUGCUAGUGAAGAAUGCCUUCAGAAAACAUUGGUGGAUAGUCGCAGAAGCAGAAGAAGAGCCCGCGUGGCAAAUGUCAAAGACUAUUUUGCACAGAAAAACACGGAAGCCCAAUUGGGACACUCCUUGCAAACCCCCGAGUACAAAGUGGAAACAUGGAGCAAUGAAACCACAACCACUGAACUUUUGAGAGACGAGUACGCUAACAACGGAGCGGAUAAGGGUCAGGUACUAACUUAUCAUGAAAUACCCCUGCAGUCUCUUAGCUGGGACAGACACAGUGCACGUGAGGACAUUACGAGCAUCCCAGGCCACCGGGAUCUCUGCAACGGAGCCAUCGUAGAACAUCUGUCAGAAACUGCACAGAAUGAGCGUGACAUUUCAACCCAGGGAGUGCAUCGGAGUGUGUCGAAAAACAACACCAUACAUGCUGUCGAGGAAUUGAACAGCUCCUCUCAGCCUCGAUCGUCCUCUCUCGACCAUUCAGAUUCAGCUGUGCAACCUGGCAUCAGUGGCCUGACCCAGGUGGCACAGACAGAGACGGACGCCAGCGUCCAGGACAUAUUCCGGCCGCGAGCCAGCGUGCAUGUGACUGCGGCAUCCAGUAGCAGCGGCAUGGAAGAGGCGCAAGAAUCCGCUUGUCAUGUGAUAGAUGAUCUGAAGCGUGAUGUUCAAGAAGGGAAUCCUGCCCUGGGCAGAGCCGGGAGAAGGUCAGAGUUCGAGUGUGUAAGUCGAGCCGCGUCAUUGGCAGAUUAUGAGCUAGAGGCUCUGGAAAUGGAUGACCACAAGGCCCCUCAUCGGCCAUCUAGCCCUGACCAAACCCCUCUGACCCAAGGCAGUCAUGGACUCGAACAAGUCACCAGCCCAUGGGAGAGGUCAGAUGAGGCCAAGUCAGAGGCCACGGCCUCAGAAGAGGUAACGGUUUGGGACAUUUUGGCACCAGCGGUACAGUCAGCAAAUCCGAUAACCACAGAGGGAACAGCACAGACAGCUGAGCACGUAGUGCCACAGGCUCCUGCAUGUGUACCACCACAGGAGUCUGCCCAGUCAUCACCAAAAAUAACGGCAGAGGCCGUAGCAAGCAUAGAAACAAUAAGAAACACAGCAGCCGAGACAACAGCAAUGGCACCGGGUCAGAUAGAGGGAGAAAUGACAGCAACAGCACUGAUGAUAGAUGCCAAUAAGACACAUGCCGUGGAACCAGCAACAACACAGGUGUCGAGCCUUUGGAAACCUCCGGAUAUGAUUGCAGGGGUCUCACCUGGUCCCUGGGUGGGAGAGGGCAAGGGAAGGUGUGAGCUGUCAGCAAACACCAUGGCAAAGGUCGGUGGAGGAGGUGAAAGUCAAGAUCACGUCAGCCCCACCGCUGGUGAUGACACCGUGACAUUUACGGACGCCGACGGGGAGAUGGUGUGUGAGCGCGCACAUCCCAUGAGGUCAUGGGAAGAGGGAGAGGAGGAGGAGGAGGAGGAGGAGGAGAGCAGGGACGGAAGAAGAGAGCAUCCUUUCAAAAUCCUGAAUGAGAGGGAAGAGUCGGGGGAGGCCAAAAGAGAUACAAUCGGAGAGGAGGAGGGGGACUCGUCACAGGAAAUGUCACGUUUCAAAGAAGCUGUGUCAGUUGUGUCUGACAGACUGGAGUGUAUGGUGUCAAAAGAGAAGAGGAAAGAUCACGACGUGGAGGACUGGAAGGACGAAAUGGAAAAGUGUUUGGGAAAGAGGAGAGAGCAGGGAUCCAUCAGUGAGCCUGCCCUGUACGAACAGUUCGCGAAGGCCACCAAAGGCCUGGAGAGAGAGUGCCAGAGGAAGUCAGAUUCAGAGAUGCUCAGUGAAGCAUUUGAAAGGAUGCCGGAGGAGAGGUGUUUGAAAGGAGACGACAGCCCUGCACCUGCCAACUUAGUAGGGUCAGAGGAGGAGGAGGAGGAGGAGGAGCAAGGGACUACCGUGUUAGCUCAGGGUAGUGAGGAACUAUUGGAUGUGUCACCCGAUGCUUGCAUAGAGGGGGGGUCCAAUGACGACAUGCCAGUACAUUCUGUUAUCACACUACUAGAUCAAAAGUUGGCACAAGAUCCAUAUGUUCCCAUUCCUACCCCGAUACAGACUCUUUGUUCCAUUCAGUCCACACUGGGUGGACGAGAUCCUUUUCUGUUUCGUUCGGACGAGGCGUCGCCCGUUCUCCAGGUCGGGGCAGCGACCUGGUCCACGUGUGCCAUCUCCGCUCCGUUAGGCGACGGCCACGAGAUCGAGGUGGUGCUGAGGCACCGGAGGCCGGCUCAACCAGCAGAGCACCUCCUCCAGUCACCCCUGGAGGAGGCUGAGAUCCAUGGCCAGUUCGCCGGGAUCGUUGCCUCCAGCAGUAGCUCUGAUGUGGACAGUCCCGCCCCUCUAUGCCUGUGGUUAAGUGAGUUUUGCUCCUCCCAGGGUCCCUUGUCCAGAGCCGCGUUGUAUGCUGCUCUGUUUGCGAUGUUCUUUUUAACUGCGUUUGUGUGCGAUCUUCCAGUGUGCCUAGCCAUCUAUUUGUUCUCCCUGUGUUGGUGGUGGUGUCAGGGAGAGAGACGGCCGCUUCCUGGGUCAAAAGGUGUGGAUUAUACCUCGAGUCCGAGGGUUUCUAGUCAAAUAUAAGAGAGAAAUCAACCCAUCCCUAAAAACCCCAACCAACCCAAUCCCAACCCACCCUCCCUAAAAGUGUUUUACUUCAUUAUAAAUUAAGAGGCAUUAUUCAUGUCAAACAUGAUCUUGAAAAUUAUCAUGUAUUAGAUCUUAUGUUGUUGUCUAUUAGAGGUUAGACGAGAGGUUAGUGGGGGCAAAGUGUUAUAGAUUGAGUUGUUUUUUGUUGAAAUGCAGUCAUAUUAUGGGCCCAAGUUUAAGUAACACAUAAGUCUGACUGUUUGUAUAUGACUUUGUGCCUUCUUUUUCUUCUUCUUC